AGCCAACCUCUCACGAGGACCCUUGCUAUCAUACAGUCUUUCUGACUUUGGCUCCUACUCAUAGUUUUAGUUCAGACAUCAGAAUAUCUCUAGCCACUUGGUCGUGAAGAUGGCUUUUGCUUUUCUCGUUUAGAUGAUCAAUCGGAGUCGUUGUAGGUAGACAUGAUCGAAAUGACAAAACUCAACAAGAGAAGCACCUGCCGCUGGGCCUGUGCCCCCCUCUUCAUGAUCACAAGUCCUUGUCCAUAUAGGGUGAAGUCAAAAACACUUUGAGUACUGGUUCUAUACCAGGUAGUACUAUAUCCGCCACUAAAAUGUUUUCUUUUUAAGAGGUUCGGACCGGCUAUAAUCAAGCAGCCAGCUACUGCUCGCGAAUGUAGGAGAACCCCCGAGCAGCUGCACCACCACCACUACCAGCAAAGGCGGAACGCAAGAAUCGGGUUUGGAAAGUGAUGAGUCACCAGGGGGGUGAAGAAAAAGACCAUCACUACGAGGCACCGCGGAAGAAGGAUUGGGCGACAGACGACUCUUCGCAACUUCCUCCCGCUCCGCAAGGACGGUUAUUUUCGUCAUCACGACCUGGUGCAUCGGCUCAAGGUCCAGAGCAACGACAGCAUGGGCGCGGGAGAGAAGAGUUCUUACCACCAGAGCGAGUGGCUCAGGUUCCACUACAACCUCCUCCGGACCAGCACGAGGAAGGUAAAAACGACAGCUACAACAGCGAUCCCAGAAGGAACUCCAGCCCCCGUGUAACAACUACCCACAGUUCCAACAACAUGAUCGUCAACUACGAGCAGUUUCCGACCUUGCUCAGCACCAGCAGCAGCGAUGAGAAUGGCGAGCGCGUGGGGGAUCUGUACCACUACACGACAGGAACAACUUUAUCUCCGAGGAACACGCCGGGGGGACAACGGGCUGGAGGAAGGGAAAAAGCAGAACAAAGACGGAGCGACCGUGAUGAAGUUUUUAGUGACCGACCUCCAGCGACAUCAACAAAUUAUGAAUCGACGUCGACGACGAGAAAUAACUCCAGCACAGCAACCAACCGAACGAAAGGGAGAACCACGACUGGCACUCCACCUCCGCCUAGUUACAAAUUUGAGAAGUCUACCACUUCGACAGGGCAGAAGUCGCGGACCUCUUCUGGCUUAUCACUCAACAGGAAAAAUGAAGAAUGGAAAGCCUCAGUGUCUACAGGUGUUCUCGGGAGUAAUCAAGCGCGAGCUGCGCCUCCUCCUGCUAUUUUGGAUGAACGAGUUCUUGAACCCGUUGUACAACAACUAUCACCACCGACUCUGAUCACCACCAACAGCUCGUUUCACAUCUCUCAGGGCAGCUUCCUCGUCCAAGAGUUUCUCGGGCGAGGCGGCAGCGCGGAGGUUUUUCGCGCGACCCGGGGCAAUAUCAAAUGCAAAAAUGUCUGGGUCUGGAAGGUUGCAACUUGUGAUGCUGCAUUUGGAUUCCAAAAAAACUUGUAUUGCAUGAGCAGCAAAGAGAAUGUAAUUUUUGCCACGCAGAGAGGACAUUUGUCAUGCGGACUAGGCAUCAAGAUGCCCUCAAAAAAUAUGUGAUGCUAGGGCAUGCAUCACAGACAUCAUGGGCCAUGGAAAACCUGCGUGACAAGUCUCAGAAUAUUCCAGACCCAGACAUUUUUACAUUUGAUAGGCAAAAGGGAAUUCGCGCUGAAGGCGGUCUCCGCGCAGGAUAAGCGGCAGUACAACGCGUAUGUGAAGGAAAUUGAAAUCCUGGAAAAAUUAAACGCGAAAAAGCUCGACUGCAUCAUCCAGAGUUACGGCGCCAACUACGAGCCGGAGAAUUUGAAAAUGUUUCUCUUGCUCGAGCUCGCCGACUGCGACUUCGCGAAAUACCAGAAAAGGUUUCUGAAAUACACGAAGACGAAGAAGGGAAGCAAGACGAUGAUGAAAAAUUCUGAGGUGGGACGUAAAAGCAGUAACACGAAAACCUCACCGUCAACACCGCUGGAAGAAGUCGAUAACUUCACUUCAGAGAAGACGGAGAGGACCAUCGAAGCGCUUUAUCACAGCAUGAACAUUCCAGACGGGGGGAUGUCGCUGCCACUUCUACUCCAUUGUUGGACCCAGAUGGUGGACGCCGUCGCCUUCAUCCACAGCGUGCAGGUCGCUCAUUUUGACUUGAAGCCCGCGAACUUCCUCGUUUUCCACUCCAACGUGGAGGCGGACUACGUGCAGCAACCUCUAGUGGACGAUCAAGGAGGUUCACCGACGUUCGAAAAUCAUAUGAAGCGGUCUUAUUUCCAUGUGAAGAUAAAACUGUCCGAUUUUGGGCUCGCGAAGCAGUUUGCAGAGGAGAAGUCGUAUGUGACUCGGCAAAACCACGCGGGGACGCUGUUGUACAUGGCGCCGGAGUGCUUUUACCAGCCGGAAUAUCAAAAUGAAAAAUCCCCCCUCCCCAUAUUGAAAACAUGUCUUUCCGCAAAUUUGUGAUGCAGAUUUGUGACCACAAGUCCUGUUUGUCUUGCAAGGCCAGAGAGUCCGCCGCGAUAUGCAGGCCGUUUGUAAUGCUGCAAGGCCUGCAGGGCAGACGUCUGCCAUGCUAGGCCCCUACACCAAAAGGCCCCCCCUUAGGCUUGCGAUCUGCGAGCAGUGCUUUCCUGCAAGACAAAUGUGAUUUGUGUACACAAAUCCCGCGUCACAGGUUUCCGCUUUGAUAUGGGGAGGGGGGAUUCUUCAUUUUGAUACGGAAAACUUGGAAAACGCGGACCAGCUGUUGAAAAUGCGACCCGCGGCGGACUAUGAAUUGCAAAUAUGUCGGGGUCUGGGAGAAUGCAAACUUGUGAUGCGCAUUUCAGAACACAGAAAAAUCUCUCAUGCAUAGGAGGCAAAAGCUGCCCCUUUCCUGUCACCAAGAAAAUGAGGGAUUUAUCAUGCAGAUUAGGCAUUGCGGAACCUUGAUGUAGAAACCUGUGAUGCUAGGGGCUUCCAUGCCGAACCUCUUGUGUCAUGCGAAAACAGCAUGGCAAAAAUGCGGCUUCUUCCAGACCCAGACAUUUUCGCAUUUGAUACGGACUGCUGGGCGUUGGGGAUCAUUCUGUACCAAUUGAUCCAUUUACGAACGCCGUUCGAGCACCUGAUGCGAUUGAGUUCCAAGGCGGGCGGAGCCGCCGGAGGGGGGUAUAAUCGGGUUAUGUUUGCGGUGAUAGAUCCGGACUUGGUGAUUCAGUUUCCGCAGGUCAAGCGAUUUCCCAUAGAAGAAGUGGAACGGGUACUAGACGAGGAACAUAAGAGGCCUACACUUUCUUCAAGCGGCCAGGCGGGAUUGCUGUCGAAAUCAAAUAGCAAAAAGAACUCCGAUAAACAAGAAGAAGAUUUUUACCCGGCCACUAUUAUAGAGAACGAGCAGCACUUGGAAUUCCAGAGCACGGCCAGCACUUUGAUACCCCCCUCGAAGAACGUGGGGACGACUUCUGGCAUUGGGGCUGAAGUAGAUCAUGCGUCAUCUAUCCGCACGAGAAAAUCUACUUUCGUCAUGACGAUUACUGUGUAGAUGCAGUUUCUGCGACACGUGCACGACCGAGGCAUGAAUGUUUGAUGUGACAUUACAGUACGCAUAAAUCCCAGGAGAUGAGUGUCCGUUUUUUUGCUUGGUUCAUAUUCAUCGUUUCUUACGAUUGUGUAUGAAGAUCCAGGAAGAACCUGUUACGUCUAGGAGAACGGCGCGUUAUAUAUUUCUGGUGUAAGUACAGGCUGCACUUCUAAAGAGUGCGUGUACUUCAUCUCAUCAUUGACGAAGGUUUUAUUUUGUUUUUCUGCAUACCAUCUUCGCGUUCCCGAGGGUCCCAGCGAGAUUCCGCGGCAAAAACGGCACCAGGUGGCAGAGAAAAGCAAAGUUACACUUCCCCGCCAUCCAAGUUAAUACAGUUCUCUUCACACGUUGAACCUCUAGAAGUACUAGAGAAAAUGUCACGCACAAAUAACCGAAAGACGUCGAAGGACGACGACGCUGAUGACCUACUUCGAGAACACAAAAACUUCGUCGCGCCUGAUGCCGUCGCAGAUGGACCAGCAAGAGGACGAUCAGAUCAUACAACCCCAACAGCACAAUCAAAAGCCGACACAACAACUACAGUUUAUUUGCCCGAGGAAAGUCAGUUGCAGUUCGAGCACUUGAACGGUAUUCUGCAGCACUGUCUCGUGAAAGACCCGAAAAAGCGGAUAUCCGCGGAAGAGAUCAAAACCGCCUUGGAGGAGAUGAGUGGCUCUGACUUCUCCUGGAAGACUUGCAGGAAAGCAAAAAUCAGGCCGGAAGUGGUCGAGAAGAUUUUUGUGAGGGAGGAAGAAAGCACGGAGCAGGAGGACGGCGAGGGGCAAGAUCAAGAUGGUCGUGACCCAGAGUCAGCUCGUGGCCCCCGGGAGAAAAUAAAAUCCAGAUUUCUCGUUCCAAAUCUAUCCACCCUAAAGGCGGUGCACGAUCAGCGGCAGAACCCGCAGGGAUUGGCUAUGGCGCAGAUGCUGCUGUUGCAACAGCAGCAACUGCAGAACGCCGAUGCUGGUGACGAGCAAGAUCUUAUACAGGAACAAGAACUUGUUCUACAACCGGAUGAUGAAGCAAAACGCUCUGACGACUUUCUGAAACGGCUUGCAGACUAUGAUAACUCCCAGUAUCACGAUCUCCAAACGGAUCGCGUUCUUAAGGAUCACAGCGACGAGGAAGGUCAUGCCACUGCCACAUCUGCGCUCGCAAAAAACUGGAAGGUCUGGACGGUCGGAGCCGUCGUGGUUUCUGUGAUCGUCGUUGCACUGACGAUCACGUUAGUGUUGGUCUUUUCGGUACCGAAGGAACAGAAAAAUGACGAGAAAAAAGAGACGUCGUCCACGACUCACGAGGAGGAGCAAACUCUUCUUCAUCCCGGAGGUGGUACCGCGGCCGGCGGGGGUGGUAGUAUGCAGCAAGAACCAGCACCGGCGCUGGGAGGACCUGCUUCUGCUCCAGGCGGCGCGCCCGCACCAGGUCAGCCGCUUGGAGGAACGACAGGCGGCGCAGGACCCGGGGGAGCUCGUGGAGGAAUACCGAGUCGGCGCAUUGUUCCCGAUGUCGAGCUUUUGAUUGGUCCGCAGCGAGGAGAUGGAGGAGCACGACCGGCACCAGAUGGUGGGGCGAAUGAUCCAGGUAGUAGUAGUUCUACUACCCCCCCAUCAGGUAGUCCACCUCAACAAGCGCCGCAGAUUAUAGCCCCGCCGAAACCGAAAGCCAUCCCCCCGACUGUCCGCGCCAAAAUUCCCGCGAAGUGGGUCCCACCCAGUGGGAAAACCCAAGGGGAGCGUCCCGCGCCGAUGCGGUCCGGGGAGUCGCAGCGGCUGACAGAGGAACUGAAAAAGGAGCUGCGGUGGAACCGGUUUCGCGGGGACGAGGUAUUGGUCGCCAGUCUGCUGGCGGAGAGGUAUGACUUGAGUGAGUUUGGGAUAGAGGGCCCGACACUUCCGGAAGUUUUUCAGACCCAGACGCCAUCGCCUGGUUCUGCCCAAGCUGGAGCUCCUGCUGGACGAGCUUCUUUUCUCUCGACGGGGCUGCAGGACGAGCUUGCGGAAGAAAAAGUGCACCAUGCGAAGGUGAAUGGGGAUGACGGUGUCCACGAUGAAGACCAUGUUCUUCCGGACCGUUCUUCACGGCGUGGCGCGGCAAUCCAAUCCGACAUGUCUUUCCUUCAAAUGCAGCUGACAAUAAAUCGGAGAAGCAUAUUAACACCAGCAAGCACGCCCCCUGUUAGAAGUCCACCAGCGCAUGACAAUGAGAAUCUUCAGCAUGCUGAUGGCUCUACUGCUCCUCCCGCUGUCCCAGCUGCGCAGAACAAUCAACUUCUUCCAACGGCGCUAAAAAACCUGACCCUCCAGCAUCAUUUUCUCGAAAACAUUCGCGACGACAAAAUUCACCUUUCCUACGCGAGGUUGAAGCCGCGGCCCCCGUUUCCGAAGGAAAUUGUGUACGGGCCCUACGUGGAGAGCGUGGAAAAUCCGAGACUUCUUUACGACGCGGAUAUGCACUGCAAAUAUGUCUGGGUCCUCUGGGAGGUUGUGAUGCAAGUUAGGGAAUAAUUAUGAGCACACUGUACUAAUGCGCUGCCAAGCAUGGCCAGUCUUUUCCGUGGUCGUGAGUUGUUUGUUGCGCAUGAGAAAGUGCGUUUUUGAAGAAUGACAGGGAAAAGGAGCUCUUUGCGGCCCCGCAAUACAGAGGGCAGAGUCAUGCCGGACCCGCAUGACAAAUCUCGCAAUCUUCCAAACCCACACAGAUUUGCGUUUGAUAGAGGCCGGCAACCUCCAGCCUGGCGGCUUUUCCCAAAAUUCCGUUCGGGAUUACCUUCAGAUGCGAAUGUAUUGUGAGGAAAAAUCCACCCCCCUCCCUAUAUUAAAAACGCAUCCAUCUGAAAAUUUGCGAUGCAGAUUUGUGGCCACAAGUCGGACCUGUCUUGCAAGAAGGCACACGCAGGCAGUCCGCCACGUUAUGGAAGCGAUGCGUGAUGCUGUAAGGCUUACAGGGUAGCCGUCUAGCAUGCUACGCACCUACACCAAAAGGCCCCCGCCUAGGCUCAGGAUCUGCGUGCAUUCCUCUACUGUAACACAGAUGUGAUUUGUGUAUCCAAAUCCAGCAUCAGAAACGUUCUUUUCAAUAUGAAGCGGGGCGAUUUUUCCAUUUGAUAGAAUGCUGACGAACUUUAGCACGUUCACCUCCACGACAACGUCGGCAGAUGAGACGAUCAAUAUGUCGAACGACUACCUGACAAGCGACUUCCUGGACGAGACCGUGCGGCCGGCCAUGUGGCGCGUACACCGGGGAUUUGGCGGGGACGUGUCCAAGAGGUGGACUAUGAAAAAACAGUGGGUCAGUGCAAAUCCAAAUUGGUCGGUGAAAGAACUGCUAGCGUGGAAGUUCCGGACGGCGAAGAUGUUUGAAGACCUUUUGCAAGUCCGCGUUCAUCCCUGGGACCUGGACGCAUUUUUCCUUUUUUUCGAUCUCGACCUGGAAAGGAUGAGUUCCAUCGAGCCAGAGUUCCAGCGGACUUACACGUUUACCGAGGAGAAAGCCAGGGCCAUGCUGGAUACCAUGUUUUGGACACUGUUACUGCGCCGAAUCGCGCUCGGAAAUGCGAUUGCUGAAACAAGCACUAGCGAUUUGGACCACGACGCUGAAUUGAUGUCUCUUGAAUUGACAACCAGCCUCCGAUUUUUUCCACGGACCGCACUUGCGCACCCCAAGGUGGUUUACUACUAUACGCGCGACGCCCAACGCAUCCACGACGCAAUUUUCUUCGAUACUGCGCUCACAUCUCAACAGCUCCCAACGCUCCCGGCCGAGGCAUACCACGGCGCCAAUUUCGAGGGACCAGGCUUGUAUAGUAUGGAAGCGAUGAUUGAACAGGAAACUUUCAAUUUGACUGGAGUUUGGUGCUAAUAUAGGACGACGCAAAACUGCUACUGCAUACAACAGUCUGAUUUUCAGAAACCCACCGCAAACGUCUGCAUACAUGCAUUCGAUUUGAAAUAACCCUCAUUCAGGAUGCACUACAUAGGUCUUAAACUUGACUUUUUGAUGUUUCCUCUCGUCGUUUAUGAUCAGACCCACCGCGUGUGCCCCCGCGUGAACAAGAUCCGACCUUAUCAAAACGUAUAAAUCUUAUAGCUGAAGAUUUCUUCUUCUGUCGCUUCCAUAGUAUCCACGCACAUGCAAGCGGGGCUGUUCGGGAAUCGGUUUGUGGAUGAGAAUAUGAAAUUCAUGUACAUCUCUGGGUCUGGAAGAGUGUAAGGUUUGGCAUGCAUCGUGUAAAACUACGCGUACACCACGACGAAAGACGGUCUGGAAUGCAACCUGAAGCAUCACAGAAUGCGCGACAAGGGCUUCUCGAUCACUAUUCCGCAUCAGAAAUUGGCCCUAUGUGUGGCAAGUGGGUUGUAAUUUUUGCUGUAUAUGAAUGCAACACAGAUUUUUCUUUUUGUGCGAUUGAGACACAGCACGACAAGUUUGGAUCCUUGUAGAAGACCCAGCGGUCUUUGCACUGCAUAGAGAAUUCGGCUGUCGUCGAGGACAAGUACAACGAGGUGCAAAAUGCGGCACUCGAACACUCGUACGAGGAACUCGAACUGUCGUACGAUGAGCAAAUGCGGGCCUUCCUGAAAACGGUUUUCGAAAGCCAAGUGCACCAGGAGAACGCCCCGGGGACCGAUGGAAAAAACUCGUCGGACCUCCUGCACGGCGGAGCGGUUUUCCGGGCGUACUCAGAAUCUGUCACUCUCUCAGAUUUUCGUUUUCGCACGUUCCCGAUUGCCCGGACCGAAAUUGGCACGGAGUACCGCGUAUCAAAUGUAAAAAUGUCUGGGUCAGGAAACUUGUGAUGCUGGGUGGCGUCUCAUGAUGAGGCCACAAAUGCUGGCUCAGCAUGACAAGUUUCUGAGCUUCUAGGUGUUGCCUAUUCUGCAUGACAAACUGCGCUUCUGCAUCACAGAAAAAUGGAGCUCUUGGGUAACGUGCGUGACAGAUUUAAGAGCUAAGCCAGACAAGCAUGACAAACAUGCAUUCUUCCAGACUCAGACAUUUCUGCAUUUGAUACCGCGAGAGCAACGGGGAUAGGUGCGUGGUUGCCCUGAACACGGACUCCUUGGUAUCCUCUGUAAAAACGUCCCCACCCCAUAGUCAAGAUGGAGAAUCGGCUAGACAAUUCUACAGGCUUUGGCUUUUUUGCAUGACAAAUUUGGACUCGUAGUGUAGGGCUGUUUGAUCUAACUAAGCAGCAUCACAGAUCUAGGAUAUCAUGCUGAUUGGAGCAUGACAAAUUCCAAAACACCGCUAGAGGAUGCAUCUCAUGGGGCUCCGCAUGAGAAAGAGAAACAUUUCCAGCAUGCAGAGUUGUUCUGGGGUGGGGACGUUUUUACACAUGAUACUUGGCCUCUCGCGGCUUCUAUCUCGACCGUUUCGUGGAAGACUUACCAGUCGGGAAGGGGUAUGAACUGCAAAAGUAGCUUACUAGUAUAAAGGACAUCACAAAUUUGCUCAGCAUUACAAAUGCCAUUUGUAAUGCGCCUUUACCUUGAUAGAUUAUUUAAUGCAUGACUGCGAUAAUCACUACGAGUGCGAUACUUUUGCAGUGCAUAAGGGUGGCUACCCCGCGGCCCACUUGCCGCUGCGUCAGGUGUUUCCGAGCAGGGACUUUUGGAAGGCGGGGCCACGAGGGAGAUUUUGGUUGCCAAACCGCAUGGUCAUGCGCCGGCUGUUGGGCACAACUGCUACGGCUGAACGCCCCCCCGGACCCGUCUUCAACGGGUGGGAAAGGGAUGCGAAGCGGGAGAGGCUGAUCAAAAAUUUUGCCGUGGGGAAACGGGCGAGGCUGUCCGCGGCAUGGCCGAAAGCGGUGAGGACAUCGGACCUCGGCCACGUCCUGAAGACGGGUCGUGAUAGUCAAGUAGCGCAGGAGGUGGAGCGGGGGCAAGAAGCUGCGGGGGAGGAGGAGGCAUCCGGGGACCGGGUCACAGACGUGUGCAUGCUAUGGCAUUGGACACAUGAAGACAGAGGAAUGGGUCUGUAAUAAAAGCUGAACUUGUCAAACAAAAACGCUUGCUUGUGUUGCAUUUUCAUGUGCUCCAGAACGGUACCUCGAAUCUCAAUCUGUGUUGCAUGACCGACAAAGCGGCACUUGUUCUUCUCUCAUGCAAAAACGCCGUUUGUGUUUCGUUUGUCAUGCGUGCUGUGUGUCGUGAGACUGAGACAACGUUGAAAAGCUUUUCAUGCUCCUUGAGUGGUGCUGUGCUUGCAAUAAAUCAAGCGUCUCUAGUUGUACUUCACGCACCCACGACUCAGCAGCAGCACAAGGUUCUGAAAAAUAGGCUAGACCCAGAUCAUCGCUUUCUCCAAGUGGAUACAUACUCGUGACGAGCGACUUUACUAUUCGCAAAGAAGGAGGAGACCUGAACGACAAAGAGCAAUAUUGGUGGGGCAACGUGGCCGCAGCUCACGGUGCUCCGGGUAUCCUGAGCAAAAACAUCCCCACCCCAUAGUGAAGUUGGUAAAUCUGCAGCACAAAUCUGCAAGUUUUGGGAGUUGUGCAUGACAAGUUUCUAUCUGCAGCGCAGUGCUGGUUAGCAAGGGCGGCAGCCAUAUGAGAAAUCCAGUUUGUCAUCCUGUUUACAGCAUUACAAAUUCCAGAACACGACUGGAAAUGUCUCUCAUGGAGAUGCGCAUUGCAAAUGUUCCUGUCAUUGCGCAUUUCCAUGACAGCUCUGGGGUGGGGCGUUUUUGCUUAGGAAGUCCGACGCGUUGACCUGCCGGGAACGCAACAAGCCGCCACUGCAGGAAUACCGGCGCGAGCGCCGAGGCACAAACUUGGUCAAGCUGCUCGAGUACGAAGACGGCGCCCUCCCACCGCAGGGGUUUGCUGAACUAUGGAGUGAAAAUAUGUCUGGGUCUGGAAGAGUGCAACUUGUAAUGCUGUCUUUGGAUUCCAAAAAAACUGUAUUGCAUGACCAGCAACAAGAGUCAAGUUUGUGUUAUGCGGAGGGGGCAUUUCUCAUGCGGAGUAGGCAUUAGGAAGCUCUCUAAAAAAAAUCUGUGAUGCUAGAUCAUGCAUUACAGGCUUCGUGGCUCAUGCAGAAUAUGCAUGACAAACCUGGCAAUCUUCCAGACCCAGACAUAUUUGCAUUUGAUAUGAACCCAGUCGCGACUACAUCCUCGCCCAGCAGGCGGUGUCUCUUCAGUUAACGGAGCUGCCUUUGGUUGAUAAUUUCAUCGACCAGGAGGAGGUUGAAGGUGAAGUGCAAGGAGUGACAGCGCAAGAAGCGCAAGCAGAAUCAGGUGUCCAAGGCGUGGCACAAGAAACACAAGAUGACUCAGCCGCUGACAGAAGAACAUCAAGAACUUCUACGGGCGCAGGGACCACGAGUAGCAACAAUGUUGGUCAUCUCGAAGACUGGUUGCAAAAUUUUUUGUCCAAACCAGCACCGAGCACAAUUCUUCUUUCUACUACUUCGGGAACACCAAACCCGUUUGCCGAUCCGGAGUGGAUCAGGUCUGCGAUGUUCCUUCCCGAUAGUACAACGCAGGACAGCACUGCUAGUACGGUUGCAGCUGGUGCUUCCUCACAGUCAGAGUCACAUCAAAGCCGAACUUCUAGAAGAUCUCCUGUCGAGUUGGCCAUGGAUGCGUUACGGACAGCUUCGGAGAGAAGCUUUAUUUCCAGUUUUGCCGGCGGUGGUUCUACUGCGAGCACAUCAGGGACAGCAGGAACAUCAGGAACUGGUCCACAAAUACAACCGGAAUCCACGACGACGACGCCGUCCGGAGAUCACGUUCCACAUUCUGCUGAAGAUGGCACGUUUUUGCGCGGCCCGGGAAACUAUCAAAUGCAAAUAUGUCUGGGUCUGAAGGUUGCAACUUGUGAUGCUGCAUUUGAAUAAUACAAAAAUCUGUAUUGCAUGGACAGCAAAAGCGGUACGGGUUUUGCCACGGCGAGAGGGCAUUUCUCAUGCGGUAUAGGCAUCAGGAAGCCCUCACAAAACUUGUGAUGCUAGGGCAUGCAUCACAGACGUCAGGAGUCAUGAAAACUGUGCAUGACAAACCUUGCAUCCUUCCAGACCGAGACAUAUUUGCAUUUGAUAGAAACCACUAUCGCAUCAACCGGAAAGAGUGGUAUCUGGAUAAGCGACGCAGGCCGCUGAGCUCCAUUUAUCGUUCUGGGAAAAAAUCAAAAACCAUCCUGUGUAGUUGUUGACCCAAGAUGUCAGCCGCAAGAAAGCGUGGAAUAUGUUUGAUCGUAGAUGAAUUGAUAAUGAUGCAAUUAUAGGUUCUCGUCAUACUUACAACCUGCAAAUGCGACUGCGAAUGAUGGUCAUGCUGUGUUUGGUUUUUUUUUUCCUGUGGAUGCCAUGGCUACAAUCUUAUCAAAUGCAAAAAUGUCUGGGUCUGGAAGGAUCCGAACUUGUGAUGCGAGUUGCGGAUCGUACACAGAUCUGUGUUGCAUGACUGGCAAAAGGUGCUGCCUUCUGGCCAUGCUGACAGGGUAUUUCUCAUGCAGAAUAGGCAUCACGAAAGGGCGGCAGAGCCUGCGAUGUUAGGUGCCGCAUUCCAGACUUCCGGGAGCUUGGAAAAAGUGCAUGACAAAUCCCGGAAUCAUCCAGACCCAGACAUUUUUGCAAUGCAUAAAUCUUCUCGAACGUCGAAAGCACGCAAAGAAUGGCGUUUCGGAGGCACAACUUCGACCUGCCCGCAGAUUCUAGCAGGUCGACGCUUUUUAACAGCACAGCCUACGAGUCAUCGGUUGAAAACCGGGCGCCAAAUCCUUUCAGAGACAACUCAGCACAACUGGGAACCUCCAGUGCCGCAACACCGGCGAUACAUCAGCAGUUGCAGCGGGGGGAGAGGGAUUUUUUGAAAUUAUUCAACACGGAGAGCGAAGAGGAGGACGCUACCCACCGCCUGCGCGAAUUCGACGACUACUAUGUGGUGUGUGAUCUUCAUACGCAUUUUUGCAAAAGGCGUAGAAUCUUCAUGUGCGGUAGACGCAGGAGUGGUUGACAUCGGAAUUGCAUGACACCUUCGGCAUGACAGAUGUGCUUGUUUGAUGGUCGUACUUACUUCUUCUAUCUUCCCGUUCCACGACAUCAAACUCUACUUAAAGACUUUUGCAUGGCGAGCAUUGCAAUCCUAAAAAUCCUUCAUCCGAUAUAAAUUCCACGACCUUUUAUUGCAGAGCAUAGUUCACAAAACGGAGCAGUUGCGGAAGUUAAACGAGUGGGUGGCGAUCAUGGAGGGACGGGGGUUCGAAGACUUACCGACGUAGCAUCUUCACACAUGGGUUUCGACGAUGGGAUGAGGAUACGGUAUCGCGAGCCGGUUGGGUUCUGGGAAAAGGAACAUAAUAGGAGAAGGACGUGAAGGAAGUAGUAUUUACGCACGAUGGAUAUUACAUGUGUAAAAUUCAUAAUCGAAUUAUGGUGUGGGUGUGGCGUCCUUGUCGUGAUUGAUGUUUUAGGUACACUUUCUGGAGGAUCAACCGACCAAAACUGCUACUUAUUCGUCAGCCUGGAGCGGAACGGCAGUGCGAGUUGAUGAGACUCAAAGCCUGUAAGAUGAAAACCCAGAUUGAUAUAAUAGUGCGCAUGAGACAUGUUGAGCCAUCUGUUUGAUGUGUGUGUAAAAUGAACACUUACGUAGUUGUCAGUCUGAU